UUUCAUGAUGGCGGGCAGUGUAAACAAAUAAAACAUCGACAGCUGAUAGUGCAAGCGUUCAGGCUGAAAGGCUGCAACAUGGCAAGUGAACCAGUGUUACGGUGUAGUGAAUGUAACAUGAUGUUCAAGUCUCGAACUCUCCUGGCCAAACAUCGCAGUAAAUUCUGUGUUGGUGGAGUGAUAGGAGAUCCUCGGCAACUGAUGAGAAUGAGAACUGCUGAGGAAGAAAAGAGACCAAAACAACAUGUGGAAGAACGACCCCAGUCAGAUGGAUUUUUAAGUAGUCAAAAGGUACAAGAGCUGCAGGAUCUUAAGAACAGACGGUCCAGGUUGCGUGCCUCUCAGUAUCUGGAAGAAAAGAUGCUGCUAGGAGACCUGGAGUAUCUAGAAAGACAUCAGCUGUCUCCAAAACUAUCUCAGUUACAACCUUCCACAGAGCUCAGAGAUCUGCAGAGGGAGUAUGCAGUGUUGAGGAAGAAAGAAAACAAAUUAAAAGAAGACAUUAAUCAGCUUGAGAGCCCUAGGAACCACUUGCGUGAUGCCCAUCAGCGCCAGAUACGUCUACUGGCAGAGGAUCAUGGGAAACAACUGGCAGACAUUAAAGCAAGGAACAGUGACUUAGAGAGACAGAAAGAAGACAUCAGGCGAAGGUUGGAAGAAUUGGGCAGGAAGAAUAACAUCCGACCUCAGGCUCCUCAAGUUGACAUGACACAGAAAUUGAUAAGUGAACUGAAAGCUCAAGAAGACAAAAAUCAGAAAACCCUCCAGGAACUAAAAAGACAGCUCAGUGAAAUACAUAAAUCUGGUGAAAUUGUAGAAAACGAGGAAGCAGAUCCUGAGUUCUACAGUAAGAGCUUAGUGCCACAGGGAGCUGUAUCUUUAUAUCACCUGGAUCCAGAUUCCCAGCAGAGGUUUCUGGAGUCCCAGCAACAGUCCCAACAUUAUCUGCAACAGCUCCAAGUAAAUUACCAACCUGAGGAACAACAAAAGAACUCUUUAUUUCAACAGUAUUAUCCUGUACAUGGUAGUGCUAAUGGCCAUGGUGCCACACAAAUGGCGCCACCAGUCACUGUGGAAAGACAGGCCGGUGUCAAUGCUAGCAGAUCCCAGGUGCCCAGCAUGCUGAGGCUGUGGCUAGAAUCCAUUGAGAACAGGUUACAGACAGAGAGAGAAAACACAGAGGCCAUGGCAUGGUACAGUCCACGGGGCCAAGGUAACAAGUUCCAACCUGUCAACAUUCCUUAUUAUGGAAAUUCUUUGAUGGCAGAAAUUGGAGCUAUGCGGCAGGCCUACUUGCAGAGUGGUGGCAAUGACCCAGCAGUUCUGGCUCAGAUGGCUGACAUGCAGGCAGAGGCUCAGGCUCUGGAGGAACAGAACUCCCGCAGCAGAGAAGCCAGUAAACCAAAGACCAAACCAAAAAAAGACAAUGAUAGCCUAACAGAGCAACUGCUGGCCUUUGACCUUGAAAAUCAGCGACUCCAGCGUGAACUCCUGUUGCUACAGCAACAAAACUUGGCCAGCCAGAGAAGAAAGAGGCACAGUGAUGAUGAAGAUGAACUGGACAGGGAACUGAAACGCCUCCAGAAGGAACACCUCCGUAAGAUGACUCAGCUGCAGCAGGAGAUGGAGCUGUACAAGCACCAGGCUCUAUUGGACAGGAUGAAAAAGGAGAUCAGCCCAGACUACCCUAGUAGACAGCCACCCACCCCUAGCAGAAACCCUCCCAGUCCUAGGAGGCAGCCCACACCUCUCCACACCUACCAACCUCAGCCAGUAUAUCCCAAGUAUGAGAUGCCUCCAGCCAAGAGCUUCCACUCUCAUAGGUCAGGUUAUGAGGAGGCAGAAGUCCCAGCUCUGCUCCAGAAGAGGCACAUGGCCCCUGUCAGUAACACCAUGGUGGACUCUGACCCCCUCUCACCAGCUCCUUAUGAUCCUCAGGCUGGCUUUGUUGUGUUCUAUGACUACGUGUUGGGUUUAGAGCCAUCCUUGAAGAGCUGUCGUUUGAUAGUGGGUCUGUACAGCACCAUGGCAGACAUGGAGCCCUCCAUCCUGCCCACUGUGUACUGUGAGCCACCCCAGGGCUCCACCAGCUACAUGCAGGGAGCCAGUGUGGCAGUUGUGGGGACAAAGCAGCCAGUGCCUAACUGCCCUCCCAGCCUUGACAUGAGUAUCGUGGUGGAGAUGCAGGUCUCAGGAGGCACGGGCUCACAUAACGACUCCCGUAAACUGGUGUCCAGAGCCUGGACCAAGGUGGACUUGUUUGACGACAGCAUGCGUGUCCAGAGUGGACGGUGGAAGGUGCCAUUCAGAGUUCUUCCUGUGAGACAACAUGUUCAGACCAGUGAGCUGAACACUAUUCCACAGUAUGGAGUAGCAGAGCUGUACCUAAGGAUAGUGAAUGCCAGGGAUGCUGCCAGCCAGGCCAUGGUCAGUGUCACCACACAGAACAGUUAUCUCUACAGAUACCCUCCACAGCGUGCCUCUUACCAAGCUUACCCUGUAGCCUCUAGAACUUCCUCUCAGACCACAUUUCUUUCCUUGAAUGAGGCAUCUCGCUUGCACCAGCCUCCCCACUUUGUCCCCCCUCCCCCCACCCUGUCCCCCCCUCAGUCCCCCUCUGAAUCCAGGUACAACCAAACCUCUCCUGAAAACAGAGGUGUGCUGACCCCAGGAGAGAGUAAGACCCUGGGGUUCCAGGUGGGCCAUGUGAAGGGUGCAGACCAGGGUUUGGCCAAGGUGCGACUGGCAGUGUAUCACAUCCACUCUGGGAAAAUUGUCCAGUCUGUCACAGGGCCAGUAACUUGCAGCACCAGUAGUGUAGUUUCUGACUUCAAGUACAAGUAUCACGUUUUUGGGCAGCAAGAGGCCAUAUUCCAAGGAGUAAACAUUCAACCUGAUAUAGUGAUCAUUGCUAGAGUGUAUCUGAGUAAGAAUGAUCUCCAGAGGAGGACGGGAGAUGAUGACGAUGACUCACAUUUUGAUGAAAGUACUCUGGUUGCCUGGGGGGCAGUGCCUCUAGUUGUCACCAGUGGCAGGAGGAGUGAUAUGUAUAGCAGUUAUCAUAGAAGUAACAUCAACCAGUCCACUGUGAAUACUGGCACUCACACAGUGCUGCUGUAUGAGCCUCCAGUACCAGAGACAGACACUAUCUCCCUGGAGAUGGGAUGGAAGCCCCAGGGAGUUAGGAGGUUCAGACGAGCCACAUUACGGCUUAGACUGUUCCAUGGAAAACCCCGCCCUGGCUCCCUCACUCCAAGUGAAGCAUCAGACCAAGAAGAUGAUACUCUGCCUAAGAAUGCUUGGCUACCAUGCAAGAGGAGCUCACCUCCAAGUGAACCCUACAAUCAAGACCAGGGAUUUGAUAUUUACAUAGAUGCAUGCAAAAAUAUGCCAGAUGGUGUCACAUUUUCUAAGGUUGCUGGUACAAUCCUCAGUAGAGACGGUCGUUUCUUUGGUGGUGUUGUGGAUGCUGCAAUUCGGAUAACCAGCGAUGACAUUUACAAUCCGGUGUAUAACUAUAGGCUAGAGAUGAGGGACCCAAACAUCUCACCUACAGCUACAUUAUUACUAAAGAUCUAUACACGUGAGAGAUUUGUGGAAGACCAUCCCUUAGUCAGUGCUUAUGCAGUUCUCAACAUUUUUGUGGAAUCUGGAACUGAGACUCAGCCAGAAGAUGACAACACUGAUGCCCAGAUCUCUCUGAAUAAGGGUGCCCACCAGUUGCGUCUAUAUUUCAGUGGACCUCAGCAAGGGGAACCAUAUACAGGCUCAUGCCUACACGACGGAGCUGUGGGAUACAUUUCUGGGGCCACUAUCUUGGUCAGAUUGGUCAGCGCUGCCUUAGAUUACAAUGGUCAACCGCUUAAGAUAGACCAGGUCCCUCAAACUGACUGGGAAGGUCUUGGUCUCUGGGUGCCUGCUCCAGCUUACAGUAGUAGAGUUUAUCUAUCAAUGUCAUGUGAACCAGGCCCACAGGAAGUCUCCAUUCUCCAGGUGUUGGCACAGAGGACACCCAUCACAGCACAGAAGUCCAUAGAACUGGUGGCAGAGCAGAGAGAACUAAGAAACCUAAGGACAGAGGAUAGUAUAGCCAACUUCAUCACUGAGCAGCUAAUCAAACCUCCGGGAGUACAGCCAUCAGACAUGCAUCCUGCCUAUGUAGUGCCCUACAGCCCAAAACACGGCAUUAAGGUGCGUGUAGAUGGUGCUGUAAACCUCCCUUGGACCAACUUCACUCAUGCUCAGAUCUGCCUGAAUCCACCAGGAGCCUUCUACAAGGGUAACCCUCAUGCAGCUUAUGAUAAACCUGUCUUCACAGAAAAACUGAUGUUAACAAGCACCAACAAGAACCCACAGUGGGAGGAUGGGUUUAUGCAUUUUCCCAGCAGACAUCUACAUAGACAUAUGUGUGUUGUUAUUCAUAUACAAGAGAUUGCAGUCAACAUCAGUAAAGACAGCUACAAAUAUGGAUUGAUGGAGCAGGCCUGGACAGCACUCCCUGUGUUUAGUAAUGGUUAUGUGAACUUUGACCUGUAUAAACUGCCCCUGUUCAGAGGAGCUCCCAGUGCAGCUUUGCUGAAACAGCUGACCAAGGAACCAGUCUGGGAAUGGGCUCCUAAGGCUGUGGCUAACAAGUCUGUGAAGUAUCUGGAAGGAGCGUCUGUGUUUGCAUUCAUCUGUGAUACAAGGAGAGAGCAGGAAAUGAAGGAAAGAAUGAAAACGAUGGAUCCACUGGAGGACCUGCUUCCCUCUGACAGGCUUGCAGAGUAUGAAGCCGUGUUGAAGGAAGAGAGCUGAACACCAUGGUGCCCCAUGGGAAGACCCCACAACAGUUUGUAGAAGGAUUGGCUCAGAAGUUUAAAAGUCUUGUGUACAAGCUAUAUAGUGAUGGAGGGCAGAUUUCAUGAGCCAGACACCCAGCACAUAACAGAAUUAAAUAAGAUGGAUA